AAAUUGAGUUAACUUCAAAAGAAAAAUUUUUACGAAUCAUUGAAAAUGUUGAAAUCGUUCAAGAGCUACCAAGUUUUCUUUUUACAUUUCCUUUUCGUACAAGCGAUUUGGGCGGAAGUUAGCGAAGAAGAAGAGGAAGAAGUAUUAUCGCAUCCUAUAGAGAAAGUUUGGGAUAGAACGCAAUUACAAGCUGAAAUAGAAGCUAUCAACACAAAACUGCAAAUGGCUGAGCAGGAAAUUAUGGAGAGCACGGAGGGUCUUCGAAAUAUGUUCAAUACGGUUCAAAAUUGGGCAAUUAGGACUCAAGCAAAUGUUGUAGACUACGCGAUAACAGUUUGCAAGUCGCAAGUUGCAGAAGAAGCGAAAGCAGCUUUUACACCCGAAAGUCCUACGGCAUCUGUAAAUGAGCAGCAGGGCACGCUCGAUGUUGUGCAGCGACUUAAAGUUAAACUCAAAGAAGCUUAUGAGAGUGCGUUAAAUGAAGUUAACAAAAUGGCCAACUAGUACACACAUAUAUAA